CAUACGAUGGCUGGUUUCUGGGUUUUCAUGCUGAGCUUUUGCAUGAUGCAUGCAGCACAAGCUCGUACAAACUAUUCUCAUUCCAUCACAGAUCCAGAAGUUCAUCAGUUCGAUACAGAACUCUGUGUGGAUAUCGGUGACUCGGCUACUCUACAGUGCUGUAUUUAUGGGAUACGAGAUAUUAAUAUAAUUAUCUGGUAUAAACAAUCAAACAGAAAACAGCCUCGGAUUAUGAGCAGAACCUAUACAAAUGAAGAAACUUUUUUUCAUGAAUUUCGAAAUCCUCGAUUUAAAGCAGAAAGAUCUUCAAACUGCUCCAAUAUGAUUAUUUCUAACAUCAUACAGUCUGAUGAAGCCGUGUACUACUGCUCAAUCAUCUCACCAUACAGUGUGUUUGGAAAUGGGACGUAUUUAAAAAUUAAAGGAACAUCUAAACCAGGUCUGUGUGAUGAUUCAGUGAAGUGUGAAGCAACACUGCAUGGAAACACUAACUUCACCACACAAGAGAAAGCAGAAAUGAUCAGAUCUCUACACUGGACAGUGCUCGGUUUGGGAUCGGUGUUGGGUUUGUGCACACUGCUGGUGUUCUUUCUCACUUAUUUCCUACUGAGAAGAAAAAAAUGUGAUAAAUUCAAUGCUUCAAUAGAAGAUUCUCCAGAAAUGAUGCAGGAAGCUGAAGAUGAAAUGCUCAAUUAUGCAGCUUUGAAAUUCUCCAAAAGAAAAGCCAAAGCUGAAAAUAGCAGUACCGUUUCACCAGACGAAUGUGUGUACACCAGUGUGAAACACACUCGUAAUACAUAUAAUGAAUGAAUGAAUGUGUUGUAGACGUCUGUAGACGUGUUUAAAGCACUUCUCUGUUCUUAAAUUAGAAAUAUAUCAAAUCUAAAAUGUGUUGUAUAUAUAUUUUAUA